AUGGCCUUUACAGUUGAUCGGAGCAAGUUUGACCCUGUCCUCUCGGAGCUCGUGGAGGAAAUUAAGGAGCAUUUUGGUUCGAAUGGGGCAUCUGGUGAAGUAAUAAACCAUGUUGAGAAGUGCUUUCUCGAGAACUUAGGAAAUGGCAAAAUGUUUCGCGCUCUAUCUGUACCACAAACAGGUCUAUCGACCCUAGAUCGUCCUUUAACGAAACAGGAGUUGCACGACCUCAGUAUACUUGGAUGGCUAGUAGAAGUGCUCCAAGCCUAUAUCUUAAUUCAUGACGACAUCAUGGAUAACUCAUUGACCCGUCGAGGCAAGCCGUGUUGGUAUAGACGUACGUCAGUCGGGAUGAAGGCUGUCAACGACGGAUGUCUGCUCAAGUCGUCUAUAUUCAUUCUCCUCAAGCAACACUUCCAGAAACACCCAGCAUAUCUCAAAAUAAUGGAGACUUUUCACGAAUUUGCUUUCUUGACUGAAAUUGGACAAGAAUGUGACGGCAUUGCUUCCGAUAACCGGAGCACCGAACAAUGGAACAUGGCAGAGUAUGAUAGUAUCUGCGAGUUGAAGGGCGGAUACUACGGCUUUUACCUAUCAGUUCUUCUUGCCUUGCAGUAUUUACAACUCGACACGCCCAAUAAUAUCCAGCAACCCCGGGAUAUUCUUGUCCCGCUGGGCAGCUUUUACCAGUUUCAGAAUGAGUAUCUUGAUAUAUUCGGUACCCACCAUCUGACCGGGAAGAUUGGCACCGAUAUACAGGAGAAUAAGUGCUCCUGGGUUAUUAUUCAGGCAUUGCGGAUGUGUUCUACCGAACAGCGGCAUAUCCUGCUUGAGAAUUACGGUCAGCCAAGUCGAGAUUCGGCGAUGGAAUGCCAGCGGAUUUUCGAGCUUCUGCCUCUCACGGAGGAGUAUAGGUCAAGGGAAGACCGUGUCUUUGGCAGGCUGGAAGCUAGUAUAUGCAACCUGGAUGAGAGCGAGGGCUUGAAAUGGGGUAUUUUUGACAUUCUUCUUCACUGUGUUUGUGGAGUGACAAGGCAGUAA